AUGGGUGACCGGUGCCAUGCAACAUACAGCGAUUCAGACUCUUAUCCCAGCGGCCUUGGGACGGAUAUCGUCAAAUUCAUCCUCGGCCUCAGCGGACAUGAAGAUUACAUGGAGAUGGAUAAACGUGUUCGCCAAAUUACAUGGGUAGAUAUGAACGCGACUCCCAGCCCCGAGCUGCAACGAAAAUACUCAGAGAUGGGGUUCUCCGAAAAGAGAGUGGUGAAGCUUGCGGAGUGGUGGUAUCUGCUGUACAAGCUGAGAGGCGCGGCAGCAUUGCCUGCUAUUCAGAGUGGCAACCUCGAGCACAUGAUCGAAAGUACCGAUUUCCUCCAGGAACACAUCUUAUGCGAGUGGGCGUAUUUUAUCGACUUCGAGAACCAGACACUCGAGACUUGGACCUUUGGGCACCAUGUGGCAAAUGUGAGCUUCCAGGACCUAAAGAGGUAUGGCGAAAGUUACAUGGACCUCCUCAAGAGGGCGCUAUAUGAGCAGAAGAAGUCCCAGGGCACCUAA